CGCGAAGGGGCGUGUCUCUCGGUCGGAACAGUGGGCGUGUCUCCGGACGCGCCGGAAGCGUAGUCCUCCUCUCGGUCCGAGUGUGUUUGCGGCCUGUGUGAACGGUGAAGCCUGGAGCUGGAGUAGUGGCUGCCUGGACACGGCACGGGGGGAGGGAGAAGGGAUGGGGGGGAGCUCGGGCCAGGCGUGACCCGCUCCCCGGGGAAGUGUGCAGGAUAGGACAAGAUGGAGGACACUUGAGGCCAGAGAGAGGUUACAAUGCUGUCUCUUCAAACUCUAUAGCCUCCACAUCCUGUCAGUCUGCCACCACACUUGGCUAAAUUGUUACAUUAUAUCCAGACUGGAGAAGAGAGGCUGGCGACGUAUCACAUCCUGGAACAAUUUAAGGCCUCCGAAGGGUGCGCACACUUAAGAUGUCCUUGAGCAGUGGCGCACCAGGAGGGAAAGGCCUGGACACAAAUCCUGUAGAGACCUAUGACAGUGGUGAUGAAUGGGACAUUGGAGUGGGCAAUCUGAUCAUUGACUUGGAUGCCGAUCUAGAGAAGGACCAGCAGAAGCUUGAGAUGUCUGGAUCUAAAGAGGUGGGCUUGCCGGCCCCUAAUGCAGUGGCCACUCUCCCUGAUAACAUUAAGUUUGUGACACCUGUGCCCAGUGGCCAAAGCAAGGAGUCGAAGUCUAAAUCAAAGAGAAGUAAAAGUAGCAAAGAUGGAGGUAGGAGUAGUCAGACCUCAUCUGGACUCUUUGCAACAGGAGAAGUGAAUAAAAAAGAAGUGUCUGGACGUUCAGCAGAUGGUGGGGGAAACUCAGGAGUUCCCUCCUCAACAGCAGUUCCUUCCAAGGGAGCAGAAAAAUCUGGAAAGGCUGCCCGCAGCUCAUCAAGCUCUAAAAAAGAAAGCGGGAAGGCCAAAAAGGACAAGAGUGAAGUAUCUGGGGCAAGUGGAGAUAAAGAACCGAUUGGAAUACUACAGCCAGCCCCAGGAGUUGGGGGUCGGGGAACAACUGUGCAAGAGACUGUGGGGACUGCAGUAGAACAGCUGGCUGGCGCAAUGGCAACGGACAGUGGAAAUACAUUGAAUGUUAUAAAAGCAGAGAGUGAGGAUCCUGAACUGGAUAAUCGAGGACUGAAAAAGGUCAAAGCUGAAAUGAUGGAGUCCCCGGUGUGUGCACCUUCUGGGAUACCUCUGCAUCUGCUAGUCCCUAUGGUGAACAAUGACAUCUCCUCUCCAUGUGAGCAGAUCAUGGUGCGUACAAGAUCAGUGGGCGUCAACACCAGUGAUGUGGCUCUGGCUACUGAGCCUGAAUGCCUUGGACCUUGUGAACCUGGCACCAGCGUUAACUUGGAAGGGAUUGUGUGGCAGGAGACUGAGGAUGGAAUGCUGGUUGUAAAUGUGACUUGGAGAAACAAGACCUAUGUUGGCACCCUGUUGGAUUGUACACGACAUGACUGGGCCCCACCUAGAUUCUGCGACUCUCCCACCAGUGACUUGGAGAUGCGGAACGGACGGGGUAGGGGUAAACGCAUACGCCCAAGUAGUAAUGCUCCCGUUGCAGAAGGCGCACCAGCCCCUGAAAGUAAAGGCGCAAGCAGCAGCAGUAGUAGUAGUAAGACACGAGCUGGAGCCAACAACAAAGGUAGACGGGGAAGUCAGAAUUCAGGUGAUCAUCGUCCACAGCCUUGUAACACAACAGAAGAUAUAAAAGCCAGCCCAUCAUCUGCCAGCAAACGUAAAAGCAAGCCUCCUUCUGACAUGGAACUGACCUCAAGCUCAGAAGACUCCAAAGGAAGUAAGCGUGCUCGCACAAAUUCCAUGGGCUCUUCAUCUGCCCCGGUGUCUGUGCCCAUGCCUUUAACAGUGCAAUUAAACACUAUCAAGGUAGAGGCAACUGCACUAGACCGAAAUUGUUCGUCACCCAUAUUAAUAGACUGUCCCCAUCCCAACUGCAACAAAAAAUAUAAGCACAUUAAUGGCCUGAAAUACCAUCAGGCUCAUGCACACACAGAUGAUGACAGUAAACCAGAGGCAGAUGGAGACAGUGAAUGUGGUGAGGAACCUCAUCUUCAUCUGGACAUGGGUAGCUGCAAUGGUAACUUUCAGUCACAGAAGGGAUCCCUUUCACCUGCCCGAUCUGCCACUCCUAAGGCUCGUUUGACUGAGCCACACAGUCCUCCUCUUUCUUCAAAGUUUGGAGGCAAAGUAAUGGGCAAGAAAAAGAUAAGUACAGAAGGAGACACAGACCCUGGAGCACUUUCUAAUGAUGGGUCAGAUGAUGGUCCCAUGGCAGCAGAUGAUACAAGCAAUGAUGGCUUUGAGUCACAGGAAAAAAGAUUGGUAGAUAAAGAUGCAGCGAAAAAAGGAAAUGGGAGCAACAAGUCAGACAAAUUGACUUCAUCUAAGAGUGUGAAAUCUGCCCGUCCCAUUGCCCCUGCUAUAGUACCUCAGCAGAUGUACACUAUUCAAACUACCACCUUCACUGCUGGAAGUCCUGGUUCCUCUACUGGUCUUACCACUACAGUUGUCCAAGCCAUGCCUACAAGCCCACAGCUUAAGCCCAUUCAACCUAAACCAACAGUAAUGGGAGAGCCGUCUAGUAUUAAUCCAGCUUUAACCCCAUCUAGGGAUAAAAAGAAGAAGGAAAAAAAGAAGAAAGAGUCAAGGGAAGAAGAAAAUCCUGGAACCUCCAUGAAAGUUGGUCGUCCUGAAGAUGGGAAAAGCCCUUAUGCGGAUGCAGUAAGUGAUUUGGUAGGCAAAGGUGAUGGGCUUCUCAAUGGCUCAGAUUCUCACCAGAGCCGCUUGGCCAGCAUAAAGGCUGAGGCUGACAAAAUAUAUAGCUUCACAGACAAUGCACCUAGCCCUUCUAUAGGAAUGGGAGGAAAUACUUCAAACCGAAUGGAAAACCCCAGUCCCGGUCAGCCCAUGACACCGCUACAUGUUGUGACCCAAAAUGGGGCAGAAGGGACUUCUGCUAAAACCAACAGCCCAGCUUAUUCUGACAUUUCUGAUGCAGGAGAAGAUGCUGAAGGUAAAUUAGAGGGCACAAAGGUUAAAGACCCAGAACAAUUGGUUAAGGAAAGUGCCAAAAAGUCUCUCUUUCCACCACAACCCCAGAGCAAGGAAUCCCCAUACUACCAGACCUUUGAAACUUACUACUCUCCCAACUAUGCACAUUCCAGUCCAGGUGCCAUAAACCCCACUGGUCAGACUACACCGGAAAGUCAGCCUCUUAAAGUCAAGAAAGAAGAAAGUCUGGAGGUUACAGAAGUGAAAAUGAAGGUUGAGCCUCCGGAGGAUAAAAAGCCAGAGCUUAGCAGCGCUAGCCAACAACCCUCCGUUAUUCAGCAACGUCCUAACAUGUACAUGCAAUCCCUCUAUUACAAUCAGUAUGCCUAUGUGCCUCCUUAUGGCUAUAGUGACCAAGGAUAUCAUGCACAUCUGCUCAGCACUAACCCAACAUAUAGACAACAGUAUGAAGAGCAUCAGAAACAAAGGCAGAACCUGGAACAGCAGCAGCAGCAGCAACAACAACAACAACAACAACAACAACAACAGCAGCAGCAGCAGCAGCAACAACAACAACAACAACAACAACAACAACAACAACAGCAGCAGCAGCAGCAGCGCAGCAUUGAAAAAAAAGCAGAGAUGGCCAUGAGAGAUAGAGAGGCUACUCUGAAAGAAGAAUGGAAACACAAGUCUUCAGUACACCCAACACUCACAAAAGCACCAAGUCUGACAGAUUUAGGGAAGUCUGGGUCUAGUAAAUCGAAGGAGAUGGUAUCUGGACCGGACACUGGCAAGUCUGUGAUUAUUCCUAAACCAGAGGACUCUGCAAAGAUACAAGUGCAGCAAGCAGAGGGUUUAAAAGCAAAAGUUUCAGAAGGAGGUGGUCAUACAGGGAAGGAAUCUGCUGAAACUUCAAAAACUGUAGACUGUAGUAGACAAGCUGGACUGGAUCCUGUCUUGUGGUACAGACAGCAGCAGGAAGCAGAGUCACGCAUGUGGUCCUACGUUUAUCCCAAGUACACAGAUGCCCUAAAAGCUGAUGAUGAAAGGUGGAAAGAAGAGCGGGAGCGGAAAGUCAAAGAGGAGCGGAGCCGGAGCAAGGAAGCCUCAUCUAAGGAAGAUGGCAAAGAGGCAAUUAGUGUAGAUAUAAAAGGACCACAAACAAAUGAUGAUCCUCGUGUGAUGCCCAAGGACCCACGCACUAGUACUCAUGUACCUGUGUCAUCACCACUUACACAGCAUCAGUCCUAUAUCCCUUAUAUGCAUGGAUAUACCUAUAGUCAAGCAUAUGACCCCAGCCAUCCAAGUUACCGUGGAAUGCCAGCAGUGAUGAUGCAAAACUACCCAGGCUCUUAUCUUCCUUCUAGUUAUUCUUUCUCUCCAUAUGGUAACAAGGUUGCUGGUAAUGAAGAGUCUGAGAAGUCACGAGCCAGUCCAAAUGUCAGCUGCAAACCCACCUCUGACUCUAAAGCCCUCGAUUUACUACAACAGCAUGCAAGCCAUUACAAGAGCAAGUCUCCCACAAUCACAGACAAAUCGCCCCAGGAACGAGAUCGCGGUGGCUGCAAUGUACCUGGAGGAUCAUCAGGAGGUGGUUGUAGCAGCAUGGGUGCACCAGAUCGAGGAGUUGGUGACAGGAGUUCUGAAAGGCCCCGCACUUCUCCUUCCCAGCGCUUAAUGUCUACACAUCACCACCACCACCAUCUUGGCUACUCUCUGCUACCAGGCCAAUAUCAACUGCCCUACACCACAGGUCUGUCUUCUACAGCCAUAGUAGCAAGUCAGCAGGGCUCAGCCCCAUCCCUAUACCCACCCCCCAGGAGGUGAGAGCGGAAAUUGUCAGCUAUGGUCCCCGACUACACAAAACGUCAUGUGACUGGAUCACAGGACACGUCUGGAAUGAGCCAAUACAUCAGUUGAAUGGUGUUAUUUCUUCAACCAGAGUUUUCUGCCAAGUUCCUUCCGAUGCAGGAGACAGAAGUCCGAUCCUCCCCCUCCAUGAGCUCAGCUUUCCUCUUCCUCUACAUGGAUUAUCUGGUUUUGCAGAAUGGGACUGUAUUUAUUCAGAGCAUCCUCCCAUGGACUGGACAUUGAGGAGAAGACUUAGGGUUUUCCUUCUCACAAUGCGCCGGAGGGAAAUAUUGCGCAGCAUUGAACACCUCAUUCAUAUAAUAAAAUGUUCUAGGUCAGGAUUAUGCAUCCUGUGCCUACAGACUUUUGUUUAAAUGUUAUUUUGAAGUUAUAAGAUGAUGAAUUUUUUUUGCUCCCUGUGUUGGCACACUCCAUCGGCCAUGGCUCGUCCAUUUAUGGAGCCAUGAAUAUUGUUGACCACAUGUGCCCAGGUGUCUGGUUUUCACAGGAGUCAUGGGAUGGCAUCCAUACUUGCCCUACAGGGUUUUGUGUGAGGGAGGGGGCAUUUGGACUCUGCAAAGUAUAGUUUUGCGUUUGUCAGAUGCUGUGGGAGUGACUGUUGUAGCUGGGUUCAGUCUUUGUUUCGUCAUGCCUUUCUUCUGACAUAUUUGAAUUUUGUCAUGGUUAUUGCCAGCUCAGGAUGUUUGCUUAAUGUCUGACUGGAACAAGGGCCAAAAAAGCAUGGGAAGUUUAAUGCUAUCUUGUAACAACCUGUUUCCAUAUGUUUUGUACUUCGUUUUUCUCCUGUUUUGUUUUCUUCUUAAUCGUUAAACACCCACUCUUUCUUUUAACCACAGAGCUCUUAGCCACCACUUUUUAAUAAUUCUCUUACAAAUAGGCUACGUGAAACAGCUGUGAUGCAUAAGAAGAACCAGGAUGACAAUAAUAUAAAGUACAGGGCUCCCACAUAUGCCCCCUGACUGUGUAUAAUGUAUAUAAACCUGGCAAAGGUUCUUUUAUAAGACACUAAUCUUAAGAAAAAAAAAAAAAAAAAGCAAACAAAAAAAAAUGGGGAUAUAUUUCACAUGUGUGUUUUUAAAACUGUUUAACCACUAAAUGUUUAGUGCCCACAUGACAGGGUCUGUCAUGGUUUAGCAUUACAUACCCUAGUCUGUUGCCGAUUUCCCCCUUCAGUUCCACUUUCUUAAGGUUCUUUUAUGUUAGAGAAUGCAAAGUACCUUGUGGACCCCUGUAACCGCAGGAAGGAGGUGUUCUAUAAGAGAAUGAUACAACAUGUAAGGAUUGUGUUCCUCUUUACAAAAAUGCACUUUGUCUAAUUGCUGACUGUGUAUACAGCAGGCACACGUUGUCGAUGAGAUGUCAUGUUUAAGAAAUAUUGCAUUCACUCCAGGACGCCGAUUUGUUUUUCUGAACUAGCCUCAAAAUGGAGGAAAUACAAUGAUUUAACCAUCAUUACUGAGCAUAACACUUGGCUCUUUCAGUCAGGACGUGUCUUAUUGUAUUUAACAUAUUAUGUAAAAUAUCAGCAAUGGGAAUUCACUAUAUUCAGAGCCUAGAAAGUAGGUUCUCGUUGGUCUAAAAUUACAGAGAUUACAAUUCUUGCAAUGUCAGAUGUCAACCAGUGGUCAUUAUGGGACCAUCAAGGCUGCUGCUAUUUCCCAACAUUUGGAUGGGAUUAUAACCAUCUUAGUUUAGUACUUUAUCUUCUGCCAGCAAAUAUCUCAGACCCCUAUGCCAUAUAAAAGUCAGUUUAUGUACUGCUUCUCUGACGCUGAACAAUUACAUGACCUGAUCAUCUACUAUUAUUUCAUCUUGGAGUCAUUGUUCAAGUUCCCAGGGCCCUGUAUAGGUGCACAACGCAUACUGAUAUUCAAUGUUUUAUUUUUUAGGCAUCCACCCUUAGCUAGUUUCACCUCUUCCACCCCAGGAGGUGACCUGAAGGAAUUUCGUUAAAAAUAGGGGGGGAAACGAAACAAAAAAAGAGCCCUUUCUGGAAGUUUUGCAAUAAAGUUCUUUUGUAUUGCUUGGUUGUAAACAGAACUUAUUGUAUAUGGAAUAAACCUUUCUCCACCUA